AUGCCUCGGACGUGGAAUGGCAAGUGUGCACAGGGCGACGUCGUCACACACACAGCAUGGCUAAACCGGUCGAGUAUACUGUACGCCGGAGAAGACAAGUGGUCGGUGGAUCCCAGAGUGAGUCUGGUGACCCUCAACCAGGAGGAGUUCACCAUCAAGAUCGAAGACGUGGACAUGACGGACGAGGGGCAGUACGUGUGCGCGGUGCAGACGAGCAGUCGACCACGAACCACCUCGGUGCACAUCCUGGUCCAAGUGCCACCAAAAAUCAUCAACCUGUCGAAAGACAUUGUGGUAAAUGAAGGCUCCAACAUCACCCUGUUGUGCCAAGCCAGCGGUAAACCAGAACCUUCCAUCAGCUGGAAGCUCAUCUCCUCUUCAGGGGACCUGGCGUCGGACGACGAGUACCUGGAAAUCCCGUCCAUCUCCAGACGGAGAGCGGGGACGUACGAAUGCACAGCUGUCAACGAUAUCGACACAGAUGUGCAGACCGUAGACAUCACGGUCAACUAUGCUCCAACUGUGUCAGAGGGCAGAGACGUCGGAGUGACUCUGGGCCAGAGAGGAGUGCUGGAGUGCGAGGCUGAUGCAGUGCCCGAGGCAGAUUUUGAGUGGUAUAAAGAUGACAGAAGAAUCCUCAAUGGUUUUGAUGGCAUGGAAAUCGUCAACACCGGAUCACUCUCAAAGCUGACAUUCUUUAACGUGUCUGAUGGAGAUUAUGGUAACUACACCUGUGUCGCCAUAAACAAACUUGGGAGCUCAAACACAAGCUUUCUUCUGUAUGUGGUAAUUGAACCCACUAGCUCAACGCUAUUGCAAGGACCGAGAGCAGUCCAGGAUGGCAGCGGCGGUGCGAUGGGAGUGCACUCACACACCUGUCUCCUCUUCAUAGUGUUUCUGCCCUUCCUGCUCAGAUUUUGAAGAGGAAUGGAUUUGAACACAAGUGUUUUGUGUGUAUGUGCGUGCGUGUGUGUGUGUGUUUGUGUGUGCGCGUGAGUGUGUGUGAGUGUGUGUGAGUGUGAGAGAGUGUGUGUUUAUUUUUUUUUUCAACCGGAACCAUAAACUGAUGCACAGCGAGUGCAUGAAAUAUCCUGCAACGUAUUGAUGUUGACCCACUAAAUAAGUACGUGAUAAGUUUCUGUUGGGUUAUUUUUUUUUCUUUGUUUGUUUCUUUUUCUUCUUAGAUUUCAAGGAUGUAACAAAUGUUUCACCUUUUAAUUGAAUUUUAUUGGAUAUUUUUGUCACUAAAUUAUAUUAUUCUGGAUUAGCUCUUUUUAUGUACACAUCUCGAGAAAAGGAAAAAAAAAAAAAAAAAAAGGAUUUCUAAAUGUGAUUUCUCUUA